AUGAUCAUCAACCACAUCACCAUCACCAUCAACCGUCAACCAUCAACCAUCAACCUUCAACCUUCAACCAUCAACCUCAUCAACCGUCAACCGUCAAUCUCAUCAACAAUUGGAUUUGGCGACGCGUUGACGUAUCGUGUAUGCAUACCAUGUAUACUACGUAUGGCUGGCGUAUGGCACACAGCCCAGACAUUCAUCGCGGCCCUCGCGAGCUUCGUUCUCGCCGGCGCCGUCGCCGCCUCGACACUCGCAACAGUGCGCUUCGUCGCCCACCCGAAGACGUGGGCCGAGGGCGACCUUCAUGUUCUAGUAUGGCGCAAGCGAUAUGCGGGGCCACUCCUCGUGUUCCCCGCCGUCGCGCUCGGCACGCUCGUCGGCGUCACGCUGCGCCUCGACGCCGUGCACCCCUCGAGCAACGGCAUGUCCUGCGAAGCGACUGAUCCCGUGUGGGUGCGCUUCCUGGGGUACGCCGGGCCCCCGCUCCUGCUGUGCGUGCCCGCGUUCGGCGCGACGCUCUACUGCAUCGUGCGCGUGUACAGGACGCACCAGCACAUCGCGCGCGCGCGCACGCGGUACCCCGACGGCCGCGGCGCGUUCACGGCGCCGCCCGCGCGCACCCGCACCCGGAUCCGCGGGCUACGAGGAGUACUGCGCGAUCGCCGUGACGACGACGGCAAUAAGCAUGCUAAUGGGAAUAGGAACGAGCAUGGGAGUGGGAGUGGGAGUGGGAAUUGGGGUUGGAAUGGAGAUGGGAACGGGAAUGGGAGUGGGAAUGGGAGUGGGAGGGGGAACGAGCAUGACGUCGAGCGCAUGAGCUCGAGCAACACGCUGACGGCUGUGCCCGUGCGCGCGGCGCGGCGCUCGUCGCGCAUCUCGCUGCCGCGCGACACCACCGUCGUGUCGUCCGACUCGGCGGACUCGGACUCGUUCCCGACAUUCGCGCCGCCGUCGAAUACGCCGUCGAUCGUGGAGGUGAAUAGCAACAACGAUAUCAAUCAUAUCAAUAUCAACACGAAGAGGGCGGGGAGAGAUGGGAGGGAUAGGGCGGGGGACAUCACGGGUGUGGGUGUGGGUGUGGGUGUAGGUGUGGGGGAUAUAAUGGGUGCGGUGAACGGCGAGGGGGCGGAGAAGGAGAAGGAGAAGGACGCGUGGCGGCUCGCGGACCUGGACGCAGCGCACACGGACACGGAGGCGGACGGCGACGGCGCGAUGGAGAUGAUCCAGUGGCGCAAGGGGAGCAUCGAGCAGGUGUCCACGAUGAAUAUGAUCGCCGGGAUGGGUGGGAGAAGGAUGGCGCACGGUGACGACGACGACGACGACGAUCGGUCGAGCUGGGAUAAGAAUCAGCGGGCCAGCCCUGUCGACGCGCUCCCGCCGGCCGAGCCUGUGCACCCUCCCGCCGACGACCUGGCGCGUUAUCCGCUUCCAACUGACAUUCACCCUCCUCCAGUUCCUCAGCUCGAUCUCCACGCUCGUGUACGCCGCGCGCGGGCACGCGCCGCCGUUCGCCGUGCACCACGUGUGCAUGGUGCUCGUCGCGUGGGCGCCCGUGCUGUUCUUCGGAACGUUGCCCGAGGUCCGGCACCAGCUGCGCUUCUGGACACGGCACCCGCCCCACCCCCCGCCGCAGCGCUCGCGACAUCCACCGCCCCCGCAACCGAAGAACAGAUAAAGGUGUAG